AUGUCUGGCUUCAAGGUUGGUGACGUCACUCGUCGAUCAGCCGGCGUCAGCCUCAAGGCUAAAGUUGUGAGGGUGUGCGUUCAAGGGCGAGCAGGAGAGGAGCACGAAGGAGGGUACGGAGACGUUCUGAUAGGAGAUGAAACUGGAUGCAUUCUACUGCUGGCUGCGGGUGCGGAGCUCGGCAUGUUGACGCCAGGAAGCAGUGUCCUCCUUCGCAACGUCUCCAUCGAAGUUCUGCAUCAGCGCAUGCGACUUACGAUCGGUCGUUGGGGAAGCAUGGAACCGUUGGAGCCUGGUCUCACUUGCGAGUUGGAAAACGACUUGUCGUCGAGAGAUGUCGCAAGCGAUGAUAGUUAG